AUGGACAUCAACUCGCUGCUGUCGCCGUCCGACUCGCCCGCGCAAACGCCGCCGCCGCCGCCGCCGCCGCCGCCGCCGCCGCCGGCGCCCACCCAUGCCUCGCCGUCCGCCCUGGCAGCCCACUCGCCGGGCAAGCGCGCCGUCCGCCAGCAAGUGCCGUCGAGAAGCUCGUCGGGACUGAGCCAGCAGAUCACGUCGUCGCCGCAAGUCCACCUCGGACACCAGAACAUGUCCUCGCCCGGGUACGGCCACCUCGCGAACGGCGCACGGCCAGUCCACAGUGCCACAGGCACCCCACAGCCGCUGGGGUCGCCGCACGAUGCGCGCAUGACCCCGCCGUCCCACCUGUACCGCCAAGCGUCGACGCCCGGCAUGGAUGCACUGGCAGACCUCGCAAGCAUGCAGCAACAGCAGCAAGCUGCACGGCAAAACUCGCUCGGCCACCAGCGGCCCGUCACGCUGCAGCACCUCGGACAACACCUUUCAGGCGACUCUGUGGCCAGCACUGCCAUGUCGGAGCACCACUCGCCGAGGCCGCGCAGCUUUGCAGCAACGUCGCUAGACCAGCAGCACACGGACUACCUCGAACAGCUGGACCGCGAUCUCACCGAAAACCCAUUCAACUACUACAGCCAUCUUGCCAUGGUCACAACACUGCACCAAGGCUUCCAAACACAUCUCGAGUCGAUCGAGGCCAGCGCGCACGACUACGAGCUCGUCCACAUCCUGCGUGACGCCUACCGCGUAAUGUCGGAAAAGUAUCCUCUCGGAGAGACGCUGUGGCACUACCGCCUCAACGACGAGAAGAUCCUGGCCAGGAAUUCAGAGGAGCGCAUGGGCGUACUCGAGCUGCACAAGCAAGCGACACACGAGGAGCCCUACAGCGCGAAGCUCUGGGCUGCGUACGGCGAGUACGUCAGCUACCUCGUCGCCUGCGCCUGGGAGCAGAUACCACCCGAGGCGUGGACCGAGGAGGACCGGCUCAUUGGCCGUGAGCUUUUCCAGCCACAGCUGUUGGUGGAAGCACUCCAGCAGGGCGCCGAGAGGGUCAAGUACAACCUGCAAGAGAGCAAUCUGGUCUGGGAUCGCUAUCUGCAGGUGCUCGAAGAGGAUCUCGAACGCACCGGCCUGAGCCAAGACAAGGUGACGAGGAUCGCAUCCAUAUACAACGAGCGACUGGGCCUUCCACACGCCACGUGGUCUCACACACGAUCGAGAUACAUCUCCUUCAUCCAGCGCUACCACCUCGGCGACCCCGAGCAGGUCAACGAGCAAGUCACCCAGAAGAACACGCACAUCCUGCAGCAGUGUGCCAACCGCGAGGACUACGAGUUCAAGGUCCUCCAGGCCAUUCAGAAAGGAGACCAGAAUGCAGAGUACCACGCCAUCACUCGCUACCUCAAGUGGGAGAAGAGGACCAUGGGCAUCUACAGUUUUCCUCUUGUCAACGCCCUGUACGAGCGUGCGACGUUGCGCUUCCCAGUCGACCCGGCACUGUGGGAAGACCACGUCGAGUUCCUCAUCUGGCAGAAUGACCGGUCCGUCGACCUCUUGAACGUCCUGGAGCGCGCCACAAGACACUGUCCUUGGUCCGGAUCGCUGUGGUCCCACCGCAUACUGACGCUCGAGGUCGAGAACAAGGCGUUUGAGGAGAUUGAGCACGUCAAGCAUACGGCCACUGGAACUGGGUUGCUGGAGCACUCUGACAUUGAGGAGAUCAUCAAGGUUCAGAUUGCAUGGUGUGGAUACCUCCGACGAAGAGCAUUCGACGACCCCAAGGCCACCGAUGACGAUGCCGACAUUGCUGAAGUCGGCAUACGAUCCGCACUGGAGUUUGUGCGCGAAGUUGGCAUGAAGAAGCACGGACGCGAUUGGGCAGGCGACACAAAGUAUCGCCUUGAGCGCAUCCACAUAAAGUACUGGCUCCAGCGCCGAAACGUCGACGAGGCCCGGAACAUCUGGGAGUCUCUUAUCAAGCGCCGGGGCGAUUCGUACGAUUUCUGGUAUCGCUGGUACAUGUUCGAGAUGGUCUUUUGGUCACAGGACGCAGUGCCGACUGAGCAGAAUUCCGUGCAGCACUUGUUCACGCCAACCCGAGCCACCGCUGUCCUGGAGCGUGCUAUGGAACGUGUCCAGACCAUGGACCUUCCGGAGCUCAUCAUUGAAAUGUACACGAACCAUUGCGAGCAGCAUGAGAAUGUCUUGAAGGUCCGGAGCGCUGCCAUUGAGAAGAGACGGGCCGAGCGGAUGGUCUCGAUUCGACACGAGAAGGACAAGGCAGCUGUCGAGGCGGCAGCAGCAGCGGCUCGGCCCCAGCCGCCCGACUACUUCACCGAGGGGUCUGCAAAGAGGAAGAGAGAGCAUGUCGGCGUCGAUCCCGAUGCCGCAGCGAAGAGGAGCCGGCAGGUUGACUCGGCAGAUAGCUCACCUGCUGCCGUUCCCGUCAACGAAGAGCCUGUGCGCGCUAGCGAGGCGCCCUCGGACGCUCAGCCCGCUGGACCGAAGCGCGACCGGGAGCACACCACUGUCAUUGUCAAGAAGCUGCCGGCGGAAACGACGCAAACGCAGAUCAGACAGUUCUUCACAGAGGUAGGCACGGUCCGCAAUCUCACGCUCAAGCCCGAGCAGGACAGCGUGACGGCCAUGGUCGAGUUUGAGACGUCCGAAGAGGCCGAGUAUGCUCUGAGCAAAGAAGCAAAGGGCUUCAAAGGCCACAACAUCUCGAUUGAACGUGGAGCGAGCACGACGCUCUACGUCACAAACUACCCGGCGCACGCCGAUGAAGCGUACCUUCGCCAGCAUUUUGAGCCUUUUGGAGAGAUUAUCGGCUUCAGGUUUCCGUCGCUCAAGUUUGACACACACCGUCGCUUCUGCUACGUACAGUUUGCCAAUGCUGCGCAAGCCGUCGCCGCGACGCGGCUCGACGGCACAGAUGUGGAAGGGCUCAAGCUGAGCGUCAAGAUUUCGAAUCCGCAGGCCAAGAAGAAGCGAGACGGCGCGACUGCCGAAGGGCGCGAAGUCUAUGUCUGGCACCUCAACUUCAAGAUCAAGAAGCAAGAGGUCCAGGAGACGUUUGCACAGUUUGGCCACAUCGAUCGCAUCAACUUUCCAACGCUCAAGACCGGCAACAACAAGGGGUUCUGUUUUGUGGUGUACGAUGCCAAGGAGAGCGCCCGUGCUGCAGUCGCCGAGAUGGACAAGAAGAACUUCUGGGGCCUCGAGCUGCACGUGGAGAUCGCCAACGACAAGAACGAGACAAAGCCAAAGAUCAAGUCGACUCUUGAGAACCCGGAACAUGCAGCGGCCCGCGACGGCUCACGCACGGCGACACAGACAGCCCGCGACGGCUCACACACGGCGACACAGACAGCCCGCGACGGCUCACGCACGGCGACACAGACAGCCCGCGACGGCUCACGCACGGCGACACAGACAGCCCCCGCCGCGGCGCCGGCCGCAGCAUUCAAAGCCGCGCCGUUCAACGAGCGCUCCCUCGCCAUCCUCAACCUCCCCGACACCGUCCCAGACGUGCGCCUCAAGCCGCUCGUCGAACCCUACGGCUUCAAGAAAAUCACCCUCGAGCCCCAGCACGGCGGCGCAGUCAUCGAAUUCACCACGGUCGAGGGCGCAGGCAAAGCCGAGAUUGCACUGCAGAGCCUCGACUUUGAGGGCAGGAAACUGCGCAUCGGAUCUGUCAGGGAGCUGCGCCAGCAAAAGGGCGAGUGGAAGGCGGCAACCAGCUUCGUGCAGCCGAACCGCGUGCAGAGGCCCGCUGCGCGCGGCGGUAGCGGCGGCAGCGGCGGCAGGGGUAGAGCGAGGGGCCGGACGGGAUUCGGCGCCCGGCCCGCGGUGCCGAGGGUGGCGGCUAGCACCAACGGUGAGGCGAAGAGUAAUAGCGAUUUCCGCGCCAUGCUGCUCAAGGGCCGCGAGGGCGGGAACGAUACCAUGGAGGAGUAA